AUGGCGAGCGGCGCCGCUCCCACGGCCGCCCCGCGCCCGGGCACCGGCGGCGGAGCCGAAGUGCCGCGGGAGCCCCGGCGCGCCCCGGGGAGGCGGCAACGACCCCCGCGCGGUCAGGCGGGGGUUCCCCCGCGCCCCCCACGCCAGCCCCGCCGCGGGUGGCACCGCCGGCCCCGCUGCCCACCGCCUCCCCCGGCGCCGCCGCCCCCGCCGCCCCCCGGCCCCGCCGCCACCAUUGUCACCCGGGAAACCACCGGGCGCUGCCGCGGCGGUCCGGGGCGGCGGGGGGAGCCGUGGGGGGCUCGCUCCAUCCCUGCCCGCCGCUCCCGGCGCAUCCCCGCCGGGCUGCGGGUACCGGCGGCGGGGUUCGGUCGCACCGAGAAAAACUUUGCUCGUUACCCCGACGUUCCCCCCCUUCCCCUCCCAUCCCCGGGAAGCGGCGGGGCCGCUCGGGCGCCGCGCAGGCAGCACCGGCCGGGCCCGACGCGGGCAGGCGGGCAGGCGGCCAGCUCCGGCCCCGCCGCCGCCGCGGGCAGCCCGGGCACGGCGCCGGGCAGCGGGCCCCCCGACACCCCGCACCCCAACUCCGCCGCCGGAGCGCCCCGGGGGCCGACACCGAGAGCGGUCCGGGAGCCGCCGCGCUGCGGGCAGCGCUGCCGGGAGCGGCGGGGGCCGCCCGGGAGCCGGGAAAGGGGCAGCAGGGGAAGGGAGCGGGGUAGGGAGGGGAGGUCAGCACCUGCCCGGGGCCGGGGCCGGGGCCGGGGAGCCGAGGCGGGCUCGGUGCCUCGCCGCCGCCGCACACCCACCUCCACAUCGCCGCUCGCUCUGGGAGUGCGCAGCCCCCGCUCCGCGCUGCACGGCGCUGCCGCCGCCGCCGCCGCUGCCCGCGGCUGCCGGCAAAACCCGGACCGGACCGGGCCGAGCGCCCCGCGCCGCCGGACAACGCCGCGACACGCCGCGACACGGCACGACACGCCGCGCGCGCCCCCCGCCGCCCCGCGCGCGCGCCGCCAGCCCCCGGCUCGCCCGACCCCCAGCGCCGAGCGGCGACACCCAGCCCGGGGCACCGCCACCCCCGCGUGUCACCGAGCCGUGCGACAGCCCACCCCGCGCGUGGGGCGCUGCGCGACCCUCGUGUCCCGCCCACCCCCCGCGGGGAUUAGCCCGCUGUGA